AGUCACAUCCUGCGUGCGUGCACGAUUUCUGCUCCUGGUUGUCCUGCUGCUGGUUGCCGCCGAAGAAGGAGAGUGUCCAGGGGUCACUUGCCAAAUCGACCUUGAAACGCUCUCUCGCCGUUGUACCCUCUUCGUUCGUUCACGUUAUCCACGAUUUGUUUUUACGGUUGUGUUAAAACGCCAAGCGUUAAAGAUGCGUGUUAGUGAAUUUUAGGUACUUGAUCCCUCGAGCUCUUUUUUUCUUUUUUUUUUUUUCGCGAUCCUGGGUUGCAGUGAUACUUAAAGUGCAUUGCUUACAAUAUUGCGUUGACAAUAUAGGAUUGUUUAUUACUUGUUAAGCGUUACUUUACAAACGGUACUUACGACUCCGGUGUCGACAAAGCUGUCACAUUGUUUAUUGACCCAUAGUCUUGUUUCUUAGUAUGACCUCAAGUGUUUUUUUCUAUUAAAGUUAUAUCUGUUAAUUGACUUCACAUCCAUCAAAUAUACACUCAUAAGAUGAGCGAAGACUUGGUAAAAGUUGCCGUUCGGAUACGACCAUUGGUACAGUCGGAGAAAGAAAAAGGCUGCCAGAUAUGUCUAAACGUCGUCCCUGGGGAACAGCAAAUACAAAUCCCAUCCACGGAGAAAGCGUUUACUUUUAAUUAUGUAUUUGCUCCAGAAUGUUCGCAGGAGGAAUUCUAUGAGACUGCCAUCAAGAACAUGAUUUCUAAUAUUUUUGAGGGGUACAACGUCACGAUAUUGGCAUAUGGUCAAACUGGCAGUGGAAAAACUUUUUCUAUGGGCACGAAUUACGACAAAAGUGACGCCGAUUGUGGAGUUAUUCCGAGAGCUGUUAAUGAUAUUUUUGAAAUAAUUGAGAAAAAAACAGACUGGGAGUUUAAAGUAACAGUAGCAUUCAUGGAGUUGUACAAAGAGCAAUUGUAUGAUUUAUUAUCAAAAAAGCCGCGCAACCAAUGUGUCCUCGACAUUAGAGAAGAUUUGAGAGGAAUUAAAAUUGUUGGUUUGUCGGAAAUUCCUGUGACAAACACUCAAGAAACUUUGCAAUGUCUAGCUGAUGGAUCAUCUAACAGAGCUACAGGAGCAACAGCUAUGAAUGUACAAAGUAGUCGUAGUCACGCUAUAUUUACUAUAUCUGUGCACCAGCAAAAGAAAAAUGAACCGAACUCAGCUAAAUUUGCAAAGUUCCACCUAGUUGAUUUGGCUGGCUCAGAGCGAUCUAAAAAAACUCAGGCUAUCGGAGAAAGAUUUAAAGAAGGAGUAAAUAUCAACAAAGGGCUUUUAGCUUUAGGAAACGUUAUUUCUCAAUUAGGAGAGGGUGGCAACUCAUCGUACAUUGGCUACCGAGAUAGCAAAUUGACCCGUUUGUUACAAGAUUCACUGGGUGGCAAUUCAGUCACGUUAAUGAUUGCGUGUGUUAGUCCAGCAAAUUAUAAUAUUGAUGAAACCACUAGUACAUUGAGGUAUGCCGACCGUGCUAAAAAAAUUAAGAAUAAACCAAUUGUUAAUCAAGAUCCUAGAACAGCUGAAAUUAUUAAUCUCAAGAAAAUCAUACAAGAGUUACGAACUGCUAUGCUAAAUUCUGAUAAUGGUGUAAGUUUGUGUCCACCAGAACAUUCGGAAUUGGAAGACAAAGUAAAGUCUCUGCAAAGAAAAUUGAGAGGAGUAACAGAAACACUGAGUGCCAACCUUAUGGAAAUGGUCAAUAUGCAUGAAUUGGCUGAGUUAACAGAACAAUCUCGAGAAGUAAUGAAAAAUGCUAUAGCUUCACUCUUGGAAGAUUGUGAAAGUCUUUUGAAAGAUUUUCAUGAAAAUCCGAAAAAUGUUGAAAGUUACAGAGGAAAGCUGGAAAAUAUUUGCAUGAAAAUCAUAGAUUUACAAAAAGAACAAAAGAAGGCAAAUGAUAUGUUAGUAACUCAUGAAUUGUCCACUGAUUCGCCUAGUAAUAACACUGGCAACUCGGAGUCCAUGAGUAAUAGUAUAGAAGAAAGCAGUUUAAUGAACGAAACGUAUGAUUUGGACGAGAAGCACGAAGAACAUACUCUUCAACAAGCUGGAAGAGUCGAUGAAGUACAAUAUAUAAAUAAACAGUUGGCAAUCAAAGAAGAAUUGGUCUCUAAUCUUAUUAAAAAUUCAUCGCAAAUAGCAGAGUACCAAAAAGAGCUCGAAGAAAUGGAAGAUGAGAUAAAGACUUUGGCGAAAGAAAGGGAUGAAUUGCAGCAAGCACUGCGUAAUGCACAAACGAGCAAUACUAGCGCAAAAAUUGCAGAAACGAGACGAAAAAAAGUUCAAGAACUGGAGAAAAAAAUUGCAGACUUACAUCGCAAGGUACUGGAGCAAAAUAAAGUGAUUAAAAAUAAAGAGAAAUCCGACGAAAAGAUAAAAAGCUUGAGCAAUGAAAUAUUGAGUCUGAAGCAAACAAAAGUUAGAUUAAUUAGAAACAUGCGUUCUGAAACCGACAAAUUUAACAAGUGGAAGAGAUCAAGGGAACAAGAACUCUACAAAUUAAAAGAUCAAGAUCGAAAACGUCAAAAUCAAAUCACCCGUCUACAGUUAGAACACAACAAACAAAAGAACGUUUACAAGAGGAAACUGGAAGAAGCACAAGCUAUUCAGAAACGAUUAAAGGAUGCCCUGGAUUUGCAAAAAAAAGCUGCUCAGCGUCGUGAAAAAGCUACUGCCAACGUCAAAGAAGAUGUGCUUUCUUGGGUGCACCAAGAAUUUGAGGUGCUAUUGAGCACAGUGGAUGCUGAAUAUACUCUUGAAAAACUUAAGAAAGAUAGAACAGCCAAUGCGAAUCGGUUAGCAGAACUUCAACUACACAAUGAAUCAGACAGCUCUUUGUCGAACCAAGCAGAAAUCGCUGAUUUGAUGGAGUAUGUUGAAACACGAAACACACAAAUUAAAGAUUUAGAAAAGCAUAUUGCUGAAUCAAACCAAGAUAACAGAGCGAAAAAUAGAUGGCAUGCAAUUUCAACAAUAGCAGAUUUUAAAAUGGCCUUGAAAACUUUGUUCGAAAUAGUCGCUACCAAUAGACGGGAACAAAUUACAUUACAAUCGACGUUGGAAGAUUUAACGGAUCAAAUUGAGAAGCUAAAGAAUGAAAAUGAAGAAAUGCAAAAGUACGACUUGAGAAAUUCAAGGAAUUUGAAAUUCCGAAAAGAAUAUUUGAACGAGUCCAACGGUAAAGAAUUAGUUAGUGACUCUGAGAAAGAUAAAAAAAUAAAAGAGCUUGAAAACCAAAUAGAAGAAUUGCAACAGAAGGUUUUGACUGAGAAGGAUUGUAAUGUCCCAGAUGUAAAGCUCAAGCUCAGACAAACUAAAUCUGUGCGCGAAGAAAACGAAGAGUUAGAUUCAUUCGUUCUAACUGAUGAAAGUGCGUUUGAAGAUGAUGUGGAAAACGAUCCAGAUUGGAGGAAAACUCCUCUGUUCUCUAGACUUAGAAAUCUUGAGAAAACAAAUCGAAAUAACACGAGGGAAAGCAAAGCGGGCUUGAAGCGGUCUUCACAAGGAGAUAUAAAAUGUUCCUGUAAAACGCAAUGUAACUCUCGUUUGUGUUCAUGCCGAAAGAAUGGUAUUACUUGUGAGAAUUGUAACUGUAAUCCCAGCAUUUGCCUUAACCGGAAUCCCGAUAACACUCGACGCACAUUAUUUUCGGACGCGGAUCAAGUAAAGGAGUCUACAUUAGAAACGAAAAAAGUCAAGUUAGAAAUUACUAGUGAUUAGUAAAAGACAGGGACUGUCACCAUAAUGAAUCACUUGAUUUAUGUAAUUAACGUAAUCAUUAAAAAUCGUUGUAAUAGUUUAAGUUUUCAAGUAAUUUAUAAAGUUCAGACAUGCAUAGUAAUAAAACAUUAGUGCUUUAAAAAAGAUAUACUGUCUAUUUAUGGCAACACUAUAAAACACAAUUUUAUCUAUUUUGACGUGAAAAUAAAUUAAUUUUACAUAUGCAAUUACCAAAUGUACCAUGGAUCAAAUUUUAAAAAUAU